AGUCCCCGAUCUCUCUCUCUUUCUCUCCUUUCUUUCUCACUAGUAUUCUCUUUGUACCUGUUUGUUUCCUCUGUCUCUCUCCGCCUACACUCCGGUGCCUCCGAUCUCUCUCUCUCUCUCUCUCUCUCUCUCUCUCUCUCUUAAUUGCCUAGCUUGCCUCCGUGUCAGUGAUAUACAAUGUCUCGAAGGUACGAUAGCCGCACUACUAUUUUUUCCCCAGAAGGUCGUCUCUACCAAGUUGAAUAUGCCAUGGAGGCCAUUGGUAAUGCAGGAACUGCAAUUGGUAUAUUGUCAAAAGAUGGAGUAGUGCUUGUUGGUGAAAAGAAGGUCACUUCAAAACUGCUUCAGACCUCUACAUCAACUGAGAAGAUGUACAAGAUUGAUGACCAUGUAGCGUGUGCUGUGGCAGGGAUUAUGUCUGAUGCCAACAUACUUAUCAACACAGCUAGGGUCCAAGCUCAGCGCUAUACAUACGCUUACCAAGAACCAAUGCCUGUUGAACAGCUUGUCCAAUCUCUCUGUGACACCAAACAAGGCUACACACAGUUUGGUGGGCUCCGUCCAUUUGGUGUUUCAUUUUUGUUUGCAGGUUGGGACAAAAACUUUGGUUUUCAGCUUUACACCAGUGAUCCGAGUGGAAACUAUGGUGGCUGGAAGGCUGCAGCAAUUGGUGCAAACAACCAAGCAGCACAGUCAAUGCUGAAGCAGGACUACAAGGAUGAACUCACAAGGGAAGAGGCCGUUCAGCUUGCGCUUAAGGUCCUAAGUAAGACAAUGGACAGCACCAGCCUUACUUCAGAGAAGCUUGAAUUGGCUGAGGUCUUCCUUUUGCCAUCUGGUAAUGUGAAGUACCAGGUCUGCUCACCCGAGUCCCUUAGCAAACUGUUGGUGAAGUUUGGUGUGACACAACCUCCUGCAGAGACCUCUUAAGUCAUUGUAUUCUGAUUUUUAUGUUUCAUUUGUUGUGACCUUUUGCUGGAGGCAUGAUGAAUACUUGCUCUGAUAAGAUUGUUCAUUUCGUUAAAAGCAAGGGAAUUUUAUGUCCAAUAUUUGAAUUGAUAGUUAAGCUUUGACGAAUUUGGAUGAGUAGAUGCUUAAUUCACUUCUGUUUAAUCAGUUGGCAUCAUAAUAUUUGUGAAUCCAGAUUGGAAGCUUGGGAAUGACUCGUGUCUUUCCAUAAAUUACCAUCAUUCCUUAUUUUCGUAA